GUGCGCGAGUCGGGCGAAGAGGACUUUAAAGUGGGGGGUCUGUAAGUGUUGAGGGGUGAGAAGUAAGACAAAAAAUGGGGGUAGUAUUCUGUAACUGAGCGACUUCAGACGUGCAGGUCAGGGUUCACAUAACUGAACGCGCUUGCAUCCGCCCAGCUUCCGUUUAGGCGCUGCAGGUCCGGCGAAGACCAGCCCAGGCACAAGUGGAGCACCGCGUAUUUCUUUGUCUUUUCACCCUUCCCCCUCCCCUCAACUAGUGUAAACAUGUCGGAUCAAGAACGCCUGAUGAACUCAUUGAAGAAGGAAAUGAGGUCACUGCUGACACCAGUCAAGGAAGGCCUCACCCCUUGCAUGUUAGAAAAAGAAUACAGGGCUAUGAUAGGAGAACCACUUCCAUUUCGUGCCCUGGGUUACCAUUCUGUCAUGGAACUGGUGAUGAAUAUGCCUGAUGUUGUUGACAUAUGUCCUAGUGGAAAUGGCACAUCUAUCCUCAAAGCUAUUCCAGAUGAAUCCACUGAGAAGAUUGCAAGUUUGGUUGCCAGACAGAGAAACAGAUCUAAAUUGCACCUUUCCAGGGAAAGGUCGAUUUUUUCUUUUCAUCCCAGAUCUCGCUUUGUCCUGCCUCAGGGCCCCCACAUUUCUCUGCCUCGCCGUGGCCGAGUUCAUCCUACUCUGCCAGCUGUGGUAAAAAGUGAACUGAAGGAACUGCUGAGCUCUUCCCCUGUCCUGCUUUCAGAUUUUAACAAAGCCUUUAUUCAGCGCUUUGGAAGGAAGUUUGACUUUCUGCGUUAUGGGUUCUUCUCUAUACUUGAGGUGCUGAAUGCAGCUUCGGAUAUCAUCACAGUUGUGCAGACAAGGGCAGGCUCUCUGUUGAUUCUAAAAGAGAGCCCCUCCCUUAAGAAACAGCCGGAAAAGCUGCCAGAGCGCAAAGCUGUGAUUCCAUCAAAUAAGACAAAGCAGACGUUGCCUACUACUCUGCCAGCACCUGCAGUGAAGAUACUGUCUUCAACACCUGCCCUGCCUAUGAGUAAUCAAAGUUCACCUCCAAGCCAGGAGUCUGAUACUUUAGUUGUUCUCUUGAAACCUGUGGAAACUCCAGUAGUGAGAACUGAUGAGAGGAUGAAACAACUAGAGAAGGAAAUGCAGAUAGUUCUUGCCCAGAAAGGACCUGGAGGAACAAUCAGCUCAGAACUUAAGGGAAAAAUCAAAACUAUUGUAGCACAGCACCCAGAAGGAUUACUUAUUUCUAAGUUGCCUGGGGAAUUUGAGGUGCUUUUUAAAGAAACACUGCCAGUAAGGAAGCUAGGUUUCUUAAACCUGAUGGAACUUGUUGGUGCCCUUAGUGAUGUUCUCCAUAUUGAAUGCAAAGAAGGGGAACAAGACUGGCUCAUCUUUGACAUUGAUUCCCAGCGCUUAAGAGAUGAUGAACAUGCAGAUGAUGAGAUUGCCCAUCCUGGCUCAUUUGCACAAGAGGAGACCCCUAAUGCACAUGAGCUGCCCUGUUGGAAUUUUCCUUUGGAGGAUUCUAAGAAUCUGGAGACUAAAUUUAGUGCGGUAACGAAGAUGACACCGCACCUGGGUAUGGAGGAACCUCACAUUAUUCAAGAGAUCAUGGAGGUUGAAAUCCCACCGGAUGCUGUCCAGGACAGAAGCCUUUAUAGCCUUCCCCAGCUGGACAGUGGUGCCUUAGUGGGCCUAUUUGUGGAGUUCAUUGUCUCUCCUUCACAAUUCUAUGUCCGAAUCUACAGUGCAGAAACCUCUGAGAAGUUAGAAGACAUGAUGAUCGAGAUGAGACGAUGCUAUUCUAGUAAAAAUGUAGCUGAUCGUUACAUCAUACCUGAAGCAUCAAUCCAUCCUGGUCACCUUUGUUGUGUAAGGAAUUCAGAAGACAAAUGGUGGUACAGAGUUGUCAUUCAUCAGGUGCUCAAUUACCAGGAAGUGGAAGUAUUUUACCCUGACUUUGGAAAUACGGGAAUAGCUCAAAAAUCUUCACUGAGGUUUCUUAAGUACUGUUAUGCAAAGCUUCCUGCUCAAGCAAUCCCUUGUUCCUUAGCCUGGGUGAAACCCACAGAGGGGGAUUGGACCCUAAAUGCCAUACUUGAAUUCCAAAGGUUGUGUGGGCUGAAGCUGCUGGUGGGGGUGGUGGAUGAAUACAUAGAUGGCAUCCUUUACCUCUUCCUCUGUGACACCAGCUCUGAUGAAGAUGUCUACUUACACAAUAUACUGAGAUUGGAGGGCCAUGCACUCAUCUGCAGAGAGAAUAUUCCAUCUAAGGACUGUUGGCCGUUGCAUCUUCUCAGAUAUCUCACUUCAGACUUGUCCCAAAUGAACUGGAGUGGGAGGGGCAUGCUCGCCACAAGUUUUGACUCCAGCACAUUCUUGCCUUCGAACGAUAGAUGGCGCUAUAACCCACGUGAUGGCAUGAUACCUGAGAAAACCACCCUUCAGGAUUUGAGAGAGCUAAAUCUUUCCACCUUGUAUAUAAAACCAAGUCUAGAGCAGCAGGCUGGCUUGACAAAGGCAGACACUACCUUGCUUCAGCAGGAAUCCCUUAGUGACCUCCCACAAAUAACAGAUUCAGGGCCUUGCAAGACUAAAGUGCUUUUCCAGAUGUUUGAGGAUGAUGAUGGGAAGAAUUUCUCACCUUUGGGACCUGAACACUUGGCACAGGGAGACAACUUUUCAGAUUCUUCUUAUCGUUCAUGUGACUUCCUAGAAGAAGGCCACCUCAAAAAAACUCAGAAUUCAGGCCUCGGGCAAGAGAAAAAGAUGUUGCAAGCCAAGGAUACAGCAGGCUUGUGCUCAGAUCCUGAGAUGCCAUAUUUGGAGCCAGUGUAUUUAUGCACAGAAAUUUGGGAUGAGAACUGGAUGCCUUCAAAGUAUUAUGAAGAAAAGAGAAACUGUGAUACUUGUGAUGAUUUCUGUUCUGAUACUGCAGCAUUUCCUCACCAUUCUCCAAGUGGGGAAGGAAGCAAGAGUGAGGCCCAGCUCACCCAAGAACUGGCACAACAGGCAAAAAACACUCUUGGAGCUACACCUGAUUCUUUGUCACAAAGAAUGGAAGAGUUUUACAUCUCCCUUGUCCAUUCCAAGCAAUCAGCAGAAGCGAGCCAAUUGGAUUUCGAUCUGAACAAAUUAUCUGCCUGCAGUUCUCAGUCUCUUUCAUCAGUAUCUGCCUUACAUGGAGAAGCUCCUUCAGAGAGGAACGUGGAUGAUGCCUCCAAGGCCCAAGUAAUAACCUUGUAUACUGCUAGCAGCCGCUGUCAUCAAGAGACCACAGGACACAACGCCUUGAUGUUCACUGCUGAGCUUCAGGGGUCCCCAACGUUCUGUGUCCCCUGCAGCCCUACAGUAGCCCUGGGAGCCUCAGCACGCUUGGCUACUUCUGGUGGGUAUUUUUCCUUUAGCCUUAAGAAGAUGAAGACAUGAAGAAAGCCAAGAAAUAACUGGAUGCCUAUCGGAAACUUAGAGUCUGCCUGCUUUCUUGUGCACAAUGGUCAAAAUAUUUUGUCAUCGAAAGCUGUGGGAACUCUGCCUCAUAACAGCUUAGAACCCACUUUCAAUUUAGACUAAAUGCUGUGAUGAGUGUUACUUUUUCAUGUAAUCCCCCUGCCCCUGUUUGGAUAGUUGUGUUGAUGCUUCUGUUGUUAAUAUAAUGGUUUCAAAAGAAA